AGGAGGAGUAAAGACAGUAAAGAGCAGUCACUCACGCCUUCCGAUAUGACAUGGAUUAUCUCACGCUGAUAGUAACGUGCUGGAGUGUGCGCAUGUAAGACCUUUGCCCUCGUUAGCUAGACACGUGUUCCACAGUAGUAAAUAUACAUUGACCUAGAUUAUACUCGUGGAGUAUACCCGUCGUGUUCACCCAGGUUGUACCAAGGAGCUGUACCAUGGGUCAUUUUUCUUGUGCAUAUGUAUCUUUGCCAAAAUUGAAUAUACUGUAAACAUUGUUGCUGGAAUUUUGCUUCGACGAUAGCUCGACAAGCUCGAAUAUUUACGUUGUUUUUUUCGUCUGCAACAGUGAUUAGCAAUUCGAUAGGCAAUACGCGUUUGACGGGUAUGAACAAUAUCUGCUACAGCUCUUGUCUGACUCUCUCUACACAUCCAAGGAUUGUCUGUCAAGCAAUGCAUACGAACAAUAUGGAGAGGAAUUGUUUUGUUCCAGCUAUCGCAGUACAUGGAGGAGCGUGGGCCAUACCUCAAGCCGAUACGGAGGCUAGUUGUCAAGGUGUCCAGCGGGCUGUCAGGGCAGGCUAUAAGGUCCUAGAGGAUGGAGGGACUGCAGUAGAUGCAGUUGAACAAGCUGUCAGGGUUUUAGAAGAUGACCCUGUCUUCGAUGCUGGAACUGGGUCUGUUCUUAAUUACGACGGUGAUGUUGAAAUGGAUGCCAUCAUCAUGGAAGGGAAGGAGCUGAAAUGUGGAGCCGUUGCUUGCGUUAAUAACAUCAAGAAUCCUAUCUCAUUGGCUCGAAAGGUUAUGGAACAGACAGACCACACACUUCUCGUUGGACAUGGAGCUAAUAAAUUUGCCAAUGAGAUGGGGAUCGAGAAAGUACCUACCUCUGAUCUGGUGACAGAAGAUGCCAGGAAAACAUGGGAGGAGUAUCGGAAGUUCAAGAAGACUGUCGAUGUUUUCUUCUCUAGUAGGACAGACGCUGGUCAUGAUACUGUCGGGUGUGUUGCCGUUGAUAGGUUGGGCAAUGUCGCGUGUGCUACCUCAACUGGGGGAAUCUCGGCGAAGAAGGUCGGGAGAGUUGGUGAUAGCCCUAUCAUAGGUAGUGGCGCCUAUUGUGAUAAUGCAUACGGAGCAGUAUCAACCACAGGGCAUGGAGAAAAUAUCAUGAAAGUCACUCUUGCCAGAACUAUCAUCAGUUAUAUGGAACAUUUAGGUUUAUCUGCUAAAGAGGCAGCCGAUAAGGCCAUUGCAUUCAUGUCAAAGAGAGUUGGUGGUGUAGGAGGUGCAAUAGUGGUCAGUUCAUCCGGUCAGUUGGCCAAGAGCUUUAACUCAGAACGUAUGGCAUGGGCCUUCGCUUCUAACAACUCCGUUCGAUAUGGUAUUGACCCAGGUGACGACAUCGAUGGGGGAGCAGUUUAACCAACUAUUUUAGAUAGGCCUUA